UACAUACAUUUUAAAUAUUUCCGUUCCCCGUUUCGUAAUUUAUUUCUCAAAAAGUAAUAUCUUUUCUCCCCUAACUAAACCCUCAAAACGCUUCUCUUUCAAUUUCGCCACCCACCCAUCCCACCCCCUUGACCACCAUGAAUCUCUCAACCCUCAGGGUGGGCCCUACCCCAAUCACUUCUACGGCAGCUACUCACCGGAGUGGGGCCCUGGGUUUUAGUGGGACCUACAAUUGUAGGCUGCUGCAGGUCCACCAAAGGAAGAGAACUUCUUCUUAUUCCUCCUUUGUUGUUUGCUCCGCGAAGCCGGUUGCUCCGCCGUCGGCGGCGGUGGUGGAGUCGAAGGAGUCGGAACUGAGUCGGAUUGAGUCGCUGAGUCAGGUGUCGGGCGUGUUGGGUUGCCAGUGGGGCGAUGAAGGGAAAGGAAAGCUCGUUGAUAUUUUGGCCAAGCAUUUCGAUAUUGUUGCUCGCUGUCAGGGUGGAGCCAAUGCUGGGCACACUAUUUACAAUUCAGAGGGAAAGAAGUUUGCUCUUCACCUUGUUCCUUCGGGUAUUCUGAAUGAGGAAACUCUAUGUGUUAUUGGUAAUGGAGUUGUGGUGCAUCUACCAGGAUUAUUUAAAGAAAUUGAUGGCCUUGAAUCUAAUGGAGUUUCUUGUCAAGGAAGGAUCUUGGUAUCUGAUCGUGCUCACUUAUUAUUUGAUUUUCACCAAGAAGUAGAUGGGCUUAGAGAAGCUGAGCUAGCUAAAUCCUUUAUUGGCACCACGAAGAGAGGCAUUGGGCCUUGCUAUUCAAGCAAGGUCAUCCGAAAUGGCAUAAGAGUAAGUGAUUUAAGGCAUAUGGAUACUUUCCCCCAGAAGCUUGAUCUUUUACUAUCCGAUGCAGCUUCAAGGUUCAAAGGUUUUAGUUAUGGCCCUGACAUGCUGAAGGAAGAAGUGGAACGCUAUAAGAAAUUUGCUGAGAGGUUGGAACCCUUCAUCACAGAUACUGUACACUUUAUGAAUGAUGCUAUAUCUCAGAAAAAGAAGAUUUUGGUUGAAGGUGGUCAGGCAACUAUGUUGGACAUAGAUUUUGGAACGUACCCUUUUGUGACAUCCUCCAGUCCAUCAGCCGGUGGAAUCUGCACAGGUCUUGGCAUUGCUCCCCGAGUGGUUGGUGAUCUCAUUGGUGUGGUUAAGGCAUACACUACUAGAGUCGGUUCUGGUCCUUUCCCAACAGAAAUCUUGGGUAAAGGUGGUGACCUCCUUCGAUUUGCCGGGCAGGAGUUUGGCACGACGACUGGUCGCCCCCGUCGUUGUGGCUGGCUAGACAUAGUUGCACUGAGAUUUUGCUGUCAGAUAAAUGGAUUUGCUUCUUUAAAUCUAACUAAGCUAGACGUGUUGUCAGAUCUUUCAGAAAUUGAGUUGGGUGUUUCCUACAGACAGCCAGACGGUACACCAAUUGAAUCAUUUCCUUCUGAUCUUCGUCUUCUUGACCAAAUCAAGGUUGAGUACGAAGUCUUGCCUGGGUGGCAGACUGAUAUUUCGUCCAUAAGAAAGUAUUCAGAAUUACCUAAGGCUGCACGCGAGUAUGUAGAAAGGAUAGAAGAACUUGUUGGAGUACCUAUCCAUUACAUUGGUGUUGGGCCUGGUCGUGACGCCCUCAUCUACAAGUGAUCUCAGGGAAUUUGGUCAUAUUGCCCUGAUCUUAUUCUUCAAAGUGCUGGUAGAAUUAAUGCCCUUUGUGUUGUUAAGCUAUUGGUAACCACAGUUAAAAAGUUGAUAAAAUGACCUCAGUGAUGUAUUUUUCAUCUCCAAAGCUAGAUUCCCCCCCCCCCCCCCCCCAAAAAAAUAAUGUAUCUGGUUUUCCUGAAGCAAAAUGCAGCUAAAAAUUUGCCACCUGCUUGCCUUGAGUUCACAUCUCCUGCAAUAAGAAGCUUUGGUUGCGUCACUAUCUUGGCUUCUAUCUCAAUUUGGUGAAAUGACUAAGUGCUUUGGAUGAUCCUCUUCUAUUUUAGUCUUCAGUUUACUCUCCUCUGAUUCCAGCAUUGUAACUUAUCGAAGUGAAAUUUUCACUUUGCUCUGUACUAUAGAUUUGCAGAGGGAUGUUUAAAAUGGCGCCUCAUUCGUCCACACAAAUGGUGUUUCAAUUCUCA